AUGAAUCAAAAUAAGAGACACGAUACAAUCGAAAUUGAAGAUGUUUUUGACGAUUCAGCUUUACUUGCUAACUUUGAGAACUCUGCAUUUAGAGAAGACUCUUUUUCUGACAGAAAUGCAAAUAAAAGUCUAAACGUAAGUGCUUUGUGUUGUGAUGAGGAAAUAAAUGGAUAUGAUAGACUAACUGGUAAAACAUGGAUAUAUCCGACAAACUAUCCCGUAAGGGACUAUCAGUUCAACAUAAUUCAAUCUGCAAUAGUAAAAAACACAUUGGUAAGUCUUCCAACGGGUUUAGGUAAAACAUUUAUAGCUGCUGUUAUCAUGUACAAUUUUUACCGUUGGUAUCCCCUUGGCAAGAUUGUAUUUACUGCACCAACCAGACCCCUGGUAGCUCAACAAAUUGAAGCCUGUUAUAGUAUUGUAGCAUUGCCACCAAAAGAUACCAUUGAAAUGACAGGGCACAUGCGAGUUAGUACCAGGAAAGAACAUUGGUUAAGUAAAAGAGUAUUUUUUGCGACACCCCAAGUUAUUUACAAUGAUAUUAAGUCCGGUAUAUGUCCUGGUGAGAGUUUACGAUGUCUAGUUGUGGAUGAAGCACAUAGAGCAAGAGGGAACUAUGCAUACUGCCAAAUUGUGUCAACGCUUGCUGAUAUGGGCCAUAAGACAUACAGAGUACUUGCUUUGUCUGCUACGCCAGGUAGUAAAGUGGAAGAUGUGGUUAAUGUAGUUAAAAAUUUGAACAUAGCUCACUUGGAGUUAAGGACUGAAAAUUGCAUAGAUGUCGCUCCUUACAGCCAUUCCCGCAAAAUAAAUACUGUUAUUAUUCAGCUGGGACCUGAAUUAACUCACUUGAGGCAGCAAUAUGUUGAGAUUUUAGAUGGUUAUGCAAGAAGACUAAAACAAUUGAACAUUCUGCCACACAACCUUGGGAAUUUGUCAAAGGGUCGAGUAGUUAUGUUAUAUAAAGAGUUUCAAACUAGAGAUAAGAGUGCCAGGCAUCCACAGCACAAUAUAAUAAUGAAGGAUUUUACGUUAUUAAUCGCACUUUAUCAUGGUCUUGAAUUACUACUAAAACACGGGUCAAGGGUGUUCCUAAAUUUCUUUGACGAACAUCCGGAGAAGUCGUGGAUACAGAGUGAUGAUAAAUUAACAUCAUUGUUGGAGAGAUUGAGGGAUGAUCUAGGAAUAAAUCCAUUGUCUUUGGAUAGAAGUGUGUUGCCUGAUGGAACUGUGCCUGAGAUGCCAAAAGAUCUGACAUUUGGCCAUCCCAAGUUUUACAAGCUCAAAGAAAUCAUGUUGGAGCAUUUUCAAAAGGCAAAAAAUAAGGGAGAAACCACUAAAGCAAUCGUGUUUUGUGAAUACCGAGAAAGUGUGAACCUGGUCCAUUGUAUGUUACUACAGUGUCGUCCACUCAUUGUACCGCUUAUGUUUGUAGGACAGGGAGCGUCGGGCAAAGAUGGUAAAACGGUGGUAUCCCAAAAACAACAGUUGCGCGUAAUGCGUUCGUUCCGCGAAGGCUCGUGUAACACGCUCGUGUGUACGUGUGUCGCGGAAGAGGGCCUCGAUGUAGGAUCGGUGGACCUCAUCAUUUGCUUUGAUAUAUCUACGAGGUCACCUAUACGGCUCGUUCAAAGAUGCGGUCGUACAGGACGUGAGCGAGGUGGUCAAGUCCAUAUUCUGGUCACAGAAGGCAGGGAACAUCAGACGCUUAUAGAUUGUAUGCGCCAACGCGAUGGCUUAAAUACAAGAAUACAACAAUCAAAAGAAGUGGAAAAUUCUUUAUAUAUAUCGAACCCAAGAAUGAUACCGCAUGACUUCAGGCCUCAGUGCCAAAAGAUGCACAUCACUGUACCUAAAAAACAUGAUCCUGAUAAAACGAAAAAGGGCCAGAAAGAUUUAAGGAGUAUGCUACAAGGCAGGCCCUCAACAAGCAGUUCAAAUAACACAAGACUAGUAGAAAACGAUGAAUUAAUACAUGAAGAUGAGUUUGAUGAGUUAUUUCCCGAUGGAUUUAAAGAUGUUCAGCGAUUGAGUGAUUCUAAAGAAUAUUGGAAUAUGAAUAAAGAAGCAAUUAUAGAAUCUAGUAAAGAAAAAGGCAAUAGUGUCCAGUUACACAACUGGCUCGAAUGGCAGAGAACAAAGCAGACAACUAUUAAUAUUGGACAUUCGAUGGAUACAGAUAUUUUGAUUUCCCUUCUCAAAUAUAGUGACGAUAAAAGAUUUGAUGCGCCACCCUCAACCCAAAAUCCGACUUUUAACACUCAAGAUUUUGAAACGCAAAAUAUAAAAGUCCCUUCGCCUGCCAAACCGAAACAAGCAAAGAAAAAAGUCAAACCAACAAUGAAAUCACCAAUUAAAAAAGAUGGUGAUAUUAGAGCACUAUUUAGCACAGCAACAAAAUCUACCAAAGACUAUACAAAACUAUUAAACGAUCUUGGGAUACAAAACGAUGGUAAACAACCCACGAGCUUGAUAAAUUUACUCGUUGAUCUCAAAUUAGAAGUAACGACUAAUGUUAAGAAAUGCUAUAUAUGCACAAACAUAUGUGACUGUACAGUUAUAGCAAAAGCUAAGAAUAAACAAAAAGCAAAACCACUGUUAUUUCUAAAUGGUACACUUAAUUUACCCGAUAUUAAUUUAAUUGAUAGUUUAAAUACAGAAACAAUAUUAAAAUGCUCAAAAACAAAUCAGAAUGAAGUUUCUGAUAAUAAUAAUUGCAUGGAUGAGCUCCAGAAUGAAAGUGAAAACUUCAAGUUAGACUUUGAUUUUGAUUUAUCAGAGUCACCGAAAGAAGAAAUAAAAUCUGAAGUCAAAACUAAUGUUAAUAAUUUCGAUUUAGAUAGUAUAGAGGACAUAUUCGCUGAUUCAGAUGAAGAACUAACAAAUCAAAAAGAAUUAUUAAAAGAAGAAAAUAAAGUUGAUGUCCACAUUGCGAUAAAUUCUGAUGAUGAUGACUGCGGCGUAUGUGAAGCUUCACCCGCUCAUACAUAUAAGAACCACACAAAAAUAUUAAGUCCAUCCUUACUUUCUGGUACUUUAAAACUAGAUCUUCCUACCUCUCCUAUACUCGGCAGCCAACCUCGCAAACUUAACCUUAGUACCAAGAAAAAUAAAUUAAAAAGUUCAACUCCUCUUAAUUCGAGGAAAAAACUAAUACUUGAACCAGAAAACAUAGACAAACAUAUGACAGUAGAAAAUGAUUCCAAAUGCAUUGGAAAUGUUUCGGAAACCAGUAACAGUAAAAGUAUGUUCACAAUAACUCAACUAGUCGAUAUGAUUAACAAAACUAAUAAUUCUACUAUAAAUAAAUCUGAAAUUCCCAAAGAAAGAAGUUUAUCACCUAUCCUUUUAACACAAGCAGAUAGAAAAUUACUUAAAACUGUGACACAAAAUACAACUCUUAAUUCAAAACCAGAAAGUUUAAUUAUAUUGGAAAGUGACAGUGAUGACAAUACUGAAGAAUACAACGCUGAAGCAGAAUCAAUAAAUAUAUUAAAUGAGCCAAAAUCAGAACCCCAGAAGACGAUGAAAAAUAAAAACAAUGAAUUUUUCCAAGACGUUAACAAGAACCACAAAGACUCAAAUAAUACACCAAACAGUUCAAAGACGCCAAAAAGAAAGAUGGAGGAUGACGAUGAAAUAAUAGCUUCUCCAUACUUUAGCAAAAGGCGAAAAUUGGACGAACAAAGUAAAAAAUCGCUUAUGUUAAGGGAAAAGGUGUUAGCUGUCAUAUCAUCGAAUAACUUCAAUACAAAUAAAGACAAGCAAGUAAAUUAUUUUACGUGCUCACAAAAGUUCUCGCAAAAGGAAAACGAGCCCGUAUAUCAUGAAAAACACGAACACGAAAAAUCCCCAGACGUACACAAAAUGCUUCAGAUGUUUAGAAAAGAUACACCAAGAAAAAUUAAUUUUGCCGUUAGAUUGGAAAAUAGUGGCUUUGAUGAUAGCGAUGAUGAUUUUGUUGGUAGUGAUAGAACUUGCAAAGAAAAACGCAAAAUUGGUAGAAGUCAGAGAACUCCAAAUCAUAAAGCUCGUAAGAAAAAAAGAAAUGAAUUCCUGGAUCUAGAAGCGGAGAUAUCAUCAGGUGACAGUGGUGACGAAUUGAGUGAAGAUAGCGCGGGAUCACUUGUAGAGUUCAUAGACGAUGCGCAAGCGCACCUCGAUACGGAUAUGCAAGCGCACUAUAUACGAUCUGUCAAGAGUCCCGUAAACGGUGUAUUCAAAAUUCCACAACUUCCAAAGAAAUUCAAUAAUGAAGAAAUUUUUUCACAAUUUGUUGAAGAAGAUACUUAUGAAAUGGAUAGUUUUUGCGUCGAUUCCCAUAUCGGUCUAACUCAAGCUAACGAUAUGUCAGAACUGGAAGUCGCAGAAAUGAUUUUAGAAAACAGGAAGAAGAGAAAAGUAAAUACAAAUGAUACAAUCGACAGUCCAAUAGUUAGGAAAGUUAAAAAAUGUAGACGAAAGAUUGAUAGCGAUUCUGACAGCAGCUGA